AUGGGUGGUGCAGCACAAAAGGUUCCUAUUCCAGUUGAUUUAUCUAAUGCUAGAGGACCUUGCUAUGGUUAUCGAUUAUAUUUUAAAAAAGGCCAUUAUAAUCAGAUUGUUAUUUACAGACCAAUCCAAAAU